GGCGCCCGUAUUCCACGGCCUCGUCGCAUCACCAGAAAAUUGCCUUCUAGCUGAAUAAUAGACAUUUUUAUAAGCUUGAGCGUUUGAGAGCCCGAUACCAUUGAAUUUUACUGAGUUAAUUGCUUCUCAAGGAGUAUCAUCCACUACAGUUUUAAUGUCUUGCAAAAUCCAUAGGGCGCAAUCUUAAUUCUGAUUGGUUCGUCCAAGGCCGUCGGGGUGGUCUUUUCACCACUAAACACCUGAAGGACUGAGUUGGCAACGAUUUGAUCACGAGGAGUUGGACGAUUGUGUAUAUCCACCUCUAUACCAGACGCUCAUAAAAAUAAACCAAUAGAAACCUAAACAGAGGUCUGGCGUGAUUUUCCAUUGUCCAUAGAUUAUCAGGUCUUAUGGAUAUUUCGUAUGGUGAGGGGACAGACGAUUUUCCCGGAAACCUUUGUUGCAUAAAACAAUAAAAACUGACAAUCUCGUAUUCAGGGUUUAAAUACUAAUCGUUUAAAUGCACCAAGAGUUUCGUUUGCGUGACUUAAAAGGAUUCAGACCAACUGGAGCUUCACUUCGAUAUAGCGUGACGUUCUUGCAAAUUGAUUUGAAGAAAGACACAUUUUAUGUUCUAAAUAAUUUAUUAAAAGGGAUUUACAAUGAUUUUACUAACGCUUGUCUGCGCUCUAAAGAAUCAGAUGUUUCAUUUCAAGUGUCUGCGCAGCGCAGAAUUGUUGCAAGACUUAAUGUGUUAGUUCUUAUAUCGCAACGUGUGUUCGAGGCUGUACGUGGACUACCUCACCUAAGAACUCCGCUUCUCCGAUCAGUGUACCAUAUUUUACGCUUACCACUUUGGCACCAUAAUCCUUCACUGCGGUGUGCAGCUUUACGUUGCCUUCGUUAUUAUGUACAUAGCAGCGUUGAUGUUGAGCUACUCUUGGAAUGUCGUCUGGAUCUAUUGAUUGCUCGAUGUAUGGACUUGUCUUAUUAUCCCACAAACUUUAUUUCAUCAAAUGGGCUGUCUGGAAAUUCUUCGGCUACCUCAAGGGUUAAUAGUAAUCCCCGUACUAAAUUCCUUGUUACAUCGAAUCCGCCAAUCAGUUCUACAUGUAAUUCUUCAUCUUGUCAGUUGAGUGAAGAAUCAUCAAAUCAUCAGCUAAUUAGUAAUCAUUAUCAAUCCUCUGGUGUUUUGUUAAAAGGGACAAAUGCUACAUGUUUCUCUCGUCCUCCUUUUUUGGAUACUGGUCAUCCUAUAAAAUCAACUAUAGCGACUCGAAAUUCUUCACCAUCUUUUCUAUCUUCUUUUGGUGAGCGCCAAAUUGUACUGCGUUUGAUUUACUACAUCACUCGGCUUACACCACAAUUAAUUCCUUCAAGUAUAAUUCAUGCUGUUGCUGCUCCUUGUUUAGAAGUUCAUCGUUAUUUAAUUGCUAAUUCAAAUGAAUCUAGUAAUAAAGGAGAUGCUCAUGCAGCAUCAGGUGUGGGAGUUCCUGCGGUUGUAUCGCGCCAUAUACCUCGAAAUCUUCAUCAUCGUAUUGGAGAUUUCGGAGAAGCAAAAGUUAAAAUAAGUGGUUUCAAUGAUUCGGAGCUAGAUACAACUAUUCGGGGUUGUUUACUAAUUCUUGCUGAAUUAGUUAUUUUGGCUUUAGAACGUUUAAUUUUGCGCACAAAUCCUUCAGUUGUUAAUCAUUCAAAAAUUAAAUUAUCUUAUUCCAAUUAUUACUAUUAUUAUUGUCAUUACUAUUACCACUACUACUAUGAUCAUCAUCAUGAUGUCGAUCAUACCAACAAUCAUCAUCGACAGUUUUAUAAUAAUGAUAAUAGUAAUGAUAAUAACAAGUCGAACGUUUCAAUGGAUAAUGGAAUAGAAAAAAAAUUAUUAUUAUUGUUUCCAUUAAUUGGACAAAUUAUAAUUCAAGCUUUAAUGACUACAUUCGUGUGCAAUAAUAGUACAAUGCAUACGUAUCACUCGUCACGCAUACACGAAGCUGUUAUUCUAUCGCUGAUUGCAGUUCUUAAUCGCUCAGAGUAUGCACAACUUUUACCUAAUAGUCUUAUUUCGAAAUUCUUCGUUACUUUCACAUCUUCAUCAUAUUUUCUGCACCGAUCAAAAUUAUCUUUCAACGUAUAUCCUUCAUUUCCGAUCUGUGCUAGAAAUUGUCUAAUUCUUCUCCUUCGUUCAUGGCCAGGUAUUUUCCAUUUUAUUCAUGAUGGUCUCCCAACUUUGCAAACUCUACUGUAUACGUUGGGUGUUGGUAAUACAGAAAUAAGAAACCAAAUAUUAAGCUUAUUAUAUGGUUUAUUUCCAACAAUACCUAUACCCCAUUCAUCUGUCAAGGAAUUAGAACCAACUAUACUGGGUCUUAUUGAAGCAUUAUCUACAGGUUCAUCUUCUUUGUUACCUGUAAUAAAUCUAUCGAGUUCACCAGGGAAAAGAAGUGAUUAUUUACGCAACGAAAUGUCAUCUUCAUAUUUGGACAGUUCUUCACGACGUCUGUUCUCAAUCUUACCAGUGAGGUGUAUUUCAUCAUCGUCAUCUAGUGCUUGGGAUAUUGAAGGUGAUUUCAUUUCUGCAGAAGGUUGUCGUCUUUUAAUUAAGUACGAUUCUAUUGGAAUUGAUCUUAUGAAUAAUUAUUAUGCCAUCUUACUUGCUACAUUGGUUGAAGCUGGAUUAUACGAGGCUCUGAUUCGUGCAGUUUCUGAUUCAAAUCAAGUAACAUCUACUCGUGCUGGUUAUCUUCUUGGUGUGUUGGCUUACAAAGUUCAAAGUCUAUUACCUCAAGAACAUCCAGCGUGUAGGCGUUUACAUCAUGCUGGUUUAUUGCAUCCAGAAACUCCAGGUAGUCAGUUAGCUGUCUUAUGGUUGGAACGAAUACAUCGUGCUAUGCGAUUGCACGAAACUCAACUAAUUGACAUAUCUAACCUUAUUCAUGUGCCAUUGCAUUCCCCCUUUCUGGAAUGUUUAGCCAAACAAUCUGCAAAUAAUAUCUCUCCAACUUAUUAUCCUUUGAAUCCAUUGCAACCAGAUCAAAUGGAACUUACGGAUACAAUCCUAGAUCAGUUGAUUGCAUCAUCAAAUGUGUUAUCAUUCAAGUCGAAAUCUCAACAUGGUCGUUUUAGUCAAUGUCAGGUAACUACAUAUGACACUAAAUCACCGGAGUUAUGGAAUUGGAAUAUUUUAACAUCAUUAGGCCGUCAUUUGGCUGUAACUCGAUGCACAUUUUCUUGGGAAUCAAAAUCACAUAUGAAAUUUUUAAAAGCAGUCAUGGAGUUUUUGAUACCAGAUCAAACAUGCAGAACAGGUGUAUCAGAUUGCAAAACUGAAAAAUGCACCAAUCCAAUUUCUCCUCCAGUAGUAUAUUCUAUUCCAAGUAAAUCUAUGCAGUCAUCAGAUGGGCUAUUACCAGUUGACGGACUUCUGAAUGCAAUCAGUGAUAAUCGUAAUUUUAUGCUACAAAAUUUCAUUACUUUUAACACACACGAUAAUAUUGAUCGCCUAUUAGUUCAUUCUCGUGAGAAAAACAUAUCUGAGAGUAAUGUUACAAGCACUAUCAUGAAUAACAAUUCUAAUACAAGUCGAUCGAAUUAUUUAAUCAGUCCGAAUGCCAAUUUCAAUUUAGCUUGGCUUUCAUAUAAUUGGCCUCAUGCGUCAGCUGCUGGAAUUUUAGCUGCUGGAUUAAUAACACAUUUAGCACACUAUCCUCCAGCUAGUGAACCGUUUCAAUAUUUGGAUCGUUUUUUAACUGCACUCCAUCUAUGUUUAAAAUUUGUACUUAACAAACAGUCUAAUAAAUCAUUAAUCAGUCAUAAUCAUGACAAUAGCGGCAAUAAUAAAUCAAUGGAUCAGAAACUUUCGCAAGACAAUAAUAGUAUUCAUAACGAUAGUAAUAACACUAAUAUGAUAUUAACAUUCCAUUCAAAUUAUUUAGCUAAAAGUUGCGGUGGUUUAAUUCUAUUCGCCGCAUCACGAUUGACCAAUUCUGAAGUCGGUGAAUUACGUUUGGAAAAAAGUGAUCUUUAUUUAGAUUUCCAGAGUAUUUUAAUGUUUCCUAGUCAAUUGAAAAAAAGUUCCAAUUCACAUGCUGAAACACACUAUAAUGAUACUGAUGAUAAACGUAAUGAACAAUGCGUUUUUCUAAAUCAUGCGAAAAUCAUAUUAUCUAGUCUAGAUUAUUCACAUUCCACUAAAUUGAGUCGUUUGCUUUUGACAACUGCUGUUAAUAGUGGUGUAAAGCCUCUACGAAUGUAUACAAUUCGUUUGAUUCGUCUUUUAUUUCGUCUGAAACUGCCAUUUCUAGCAAGUUGGUGUAUAGAUCUAGUUGUAAAACUAUGCAUGGAUUCAUCAAAUAAAAUUCGUCGUUUAGCGUUAUGUCUAUUAGAAGAAUUAUGUUGGGAUCCUGUAAAUGUUCAGGCUUUAUCGCAAAAUAUUCUACAUAAUCAAACCAAUGAUGACAAUAAUAAUAUUGUUUGUCAAAAAAACCUUUUAACACCAUUUGCUAUUUAUUUAUUGCAUGGUAAUACCGGUCCAAUAGGACAUAGAAUAUUUGGUAGAGUUCUUUCUAUCACAACUAUAUUCGAUAAACUGUGCAUGAAUCAUGAUAUUUUGAGACAACCAAAUUCAUCAUUUCUUCAUUGUGAUUACGGUUGUUGUUGUACACCGCAAACAAAUAAGAAUUGUCCAAACUCAUGUCUGUCUCAUGAUGAACUGAAUAUUAGUAAUAAUGGUAAUAACAAUAAAUCAGUGUUAAGUGAUCCAGUGAACUGGAUGUUAGAUAUUGCGCGAAAGUACUAUAAUGUAGCGUAUGCACAAGAAAUGGACAGUCGGUUUACGUCAUUGUUUGUUACAUAUGGAACGAAACUACUUUCGUGUGCAUCUUAUAAGUCAACAAGUUUUACAUAUUUUGAUUCAGCAGCAAUCAAUUUACAAAUCCCGUCACCUUUGAAUUUUAAUAACAAUACUGAUGAUGAAGAAAACAGUGACAGAGUUGAUCGACCUAGCAAUUCUGAAUUUAAUUUUGAAGACAAUUAUUUUAUUGAAGAAACUGAUUCAAUGUCUGGAACCUAUGUAUCUCCUUCGUUGGUAAAUGAUCAAUCUAUUGGUCAAGUUGCUGAUGGACAUGAUAGUUUUCAUUGUUUACCGCUUCCAAAACAUCUUUAUGCAUGUAUAGCUGAACAUCGUAAUGGAAUCAACUUGUUAGAUACGAGAAAGGAUUUAGAGACCGCUGUUGCUAAUAUGCGUUCUGUUUUGCCUCAAAUAAUCAAUGAUAAGUAUGAAGAAACAAAUACUUUUAGUGAUAGUAAUUCUUUGUUAAAACUUAAAGCAGAUAUGUGGGCUUUAGCUCAUACCUGUUCAACAUCUUACGGACAAUACUGGUUAUUAAAGCAUCCUGAGCUGAUGACAUUAUUUACCAGUCUUGCUUUACACUCCAAUUCAAUGAACAUCAGAGCGGUUGCAUGGAUUUGUUUGAAUUUAAUCGCUACAUCAUCAAAUCAGAUUUUUCGACAUCAUAACUGUUUGGGAAUGUUACAAAAUGACCGAACAUCAAAGCACAUUAAUGAUCUUAACUGCAAUGAAUCUUUAUCUGAUUGGUUAUUCAUUCCUCAAAUAUUUUAUGGUAGAGACGUUAAAACUAAUGAAGGAGCUCAAGAUGAGAUGAUUGUCUACCCGGAAAUUCAAUCACUCAGUGAACAAAUGGUCCAAACCAAGUUAAAACCAAAUCGAUUACUUUCUGAUAUCUUUUCUGUUAUUCCUCCAGUCACUAAUUUUGGAACAGAAACUAAAAAUGAAAAUCUUUCUCUUAGUGCACAAAAAUCCGUCAAAUCGUCAGUUCGUAAUCAAGUAUUUGAAAACUUUAAUCGUUCUCGUCGACGGUUGCAUCGUCGUUGGUCACCUAAUCAUAGACGACUUUCUCCACCAAUUUCUGAAUCAAGAGAACAUUCAUCAUUUCAUUUUAUGUCAUUUGUUAAGCCAAAGCAUUCAAUAAAUUCAUUUACUCAGAUUGCUUCGUUCAACUAUGAUGUAUCAUAUGUCAAUAUUUCAUCCAAAAAACCUUAUUCUACAUGGACACAUCGUGACUGUAUUCCACAGCGUCAAGUUGUUUCACCUGUGUUUACCCCAAGUGGAUCAGCACAUGCUGUUGAUCAUGACGAUCAUGAACUGACCGAUUCAAAGCCUAAUUCCAAUUUGGAUACCAGGUGGCUGUUACAAUCAUUGUUUCACUGUGUAAACAAAAAUCAAAUUAUUUAUUUACCAACUGAUAUAAAAAUAUUGGGCUUUAAAAAGUAUACUAAAAAUAAACAGAAAUACACAAUAAUGAAUCCGAUUAAAUCACUUCAGUUAUCAUCAUCAUCAUUAUUCGAUAGCAAAACAAAUGUAUCGACCAAACCUUUUUAUAAUGAUAAUUCACAUUGUUUAUUUAGAUCACUGAAUUCUCCGGACAAUAACAAACAUUCAAUAUCCUUUAUUGAUGUUGCUGUGCAUGUUCAAUUAAUGUUAUCUUUAUAUUCUAACGACAAAUUAUCUACAUUAUCAUCAAUACCUGAUGAAGUCUCAACAGAUACUACUAAUUAUACUGCUAAAAAUAAUAUCAAUCAGCUUUCAUCAUUACAACAUAGUAGUUGUGACAAGGAAAACCGAUUGUACUCAUCCCGUAUACAAAUUGCUGAUCAUUCAAAUAGUUUUUUGUCGCGUCAAGAAAAUCGUACGUCUGAAAAAUCAUCACUUAUAUUUGAUGAGAUUCAUAGUGUUUCUGCACAGCCUUCUACUCCCUCUGUAUUGUCAUCUAAUCAGAAUUAUUUUGAGCAUGAAAACCAUGAAUUGAGUAUUUCAGCAAAACAUUCAGUUGAAAAAUUGGGGGCAGUUGACAAUUGGCUUGUUUCAUCUGAAGUGAAUGAAACAAAUCUGACUAAAAAUGAUAAUGUUUCGCACAGAUUAUCUGUUGUUAAAAUGUCAUCUGAAGAGUAUAUAAUCCCAGUUGAUGUAAACCAAUCUCCUGAGUUAUCAAUUAAUGAUCACCAUCAGUUGAAGAAUACAAAUGAUCAUGACGGAAGCAACGAUAAUAAUAAUGGAUGGAAUAAUACUGAAAAUAAAGCAAAUUCAUCAGUUCAUUCAAAUUGUCUUUUGCCUAAUACAUGUCUUUCUUACUCAUGUUCCUUAACUAACAAUGAUAAUAGUGGUUAGUGAUAGUAGGAUUUUUAUUAUCUUCACAUACAUGUAAUAUUAUUAAUCAUAGUCGUUUUGUUCAAUGGUGUUUAUGUUUUGUUUGGCAGGUAAAUAACCAGCAGUUGCUAUUUGUCCACAUAUUACUCAUAAAACGUUCAUAUCUAUGUUUAGUGUAUGUAAUUUGGAAGUAGCCAACAUGCAGCUUUAGACUAGACGACACCCAUUAUCAAGGUGUGCUUGUAGUCUUGGUAAAAAUAAUGCUCCUUGAUGGAUUUGGACCUGCAUCAUCCAACCUCAUCGUCUAAGGAGUUAUUCCUGAGCUGUUGUGGCUGCAAGUUCGAUCACCACUGAGGACUAGAUAAACAUGUCUUUUGUCAUCACUGUGAUAUAUAUAUAUAUAUAUAUAUAUAUAUAUAUAUAUAUAUAAUAUUCGGGUCGUCUUCUGUAAAAUGAAUAAAUAACGAGAUGUUUGAGUAAGGAGAAUUGUUUGUAUUUAUUAAAUUAACACUGACGAAUCGUUAGAGUCUUCCAGUCUCCACCCACAGUCAUAUUCAUAAUCAAGUUGAACGGGCCACCACUACACGGUCUUCACUAUCCUACCUAAUACAGCCUAAAAUUUCUCAAACGUUCAGUAAACACCAAAGGUAAAUAUAAUUGAUAAGCAAAUUAGUGUAUGGGGUAGAAGUUGAAAAUUGCCAUAAUCAUAUUCAUAUACUGCAAAGUUGUUCAGUAAAUUCUUUUCUAUAUUGUGUGUUUUAUUAACUAAUCAAAGUGACAAAAGGUAAUCCGUCAAACAACUGGGUUCAAGUUAUAAUGUUUUUAUUUCAUAAGUAACAUGUUAUUAUUACCCUUAUUUUUUUGAGUCGGAAUCCGACAGUUUGGGUUUUACUACCUUAAAUUGUAAAUCAAUCGUCUGUCUGCACCCGAGUAUGAGGCAUUUAAUGACGAGACAUAUGUUCUGGAUACAGGUACUACAGUAUUGGUUGAUUUAUGACAUCUUCUAAUGCUCCUACUGGAAUGAAUGUUGUUAGAUUGGGACGCAGUUGACUAUUUCACAAACGUGAUAACGGAAAAAGAUCUUUUUCAGACAGUGUGAAAACUAGAUUUUGUCACAUUUACUGUUUUGGAAUAUUUUCAGCGCCUGAAACUAGAGCGACUAUAUCAGUUAGACUCCAUUAGAAUCUGGUUGUUGUAAAAGAUAAAUUUUGAUAUUUAUAAAGUGAAAAGAAUAAUUGUUACAGUAAAUAUAAGAACUAACAUAUGACUUAUUUAACGUAACGGAAGAUUUUGUUUGUUUAGAUUGUUGAAUUUCAUUGUUUACAUCUGAGAUUGAUCCUCAGGUAAACAACCAUUGCUUACUCAUUAUUUUUAGUUUUAUAGACGAGGUAUUUGGCUGCUACAAUACUUAUCGAAUUACUAUCGUUGACAUGAAAUUUUCAUCAAUGCAUUAUUUACUUUUUAUUGUUCUUUUUUUGUCAUACUUUGUCGAUAAAUGUGAAAUUGAUUCACAGCAUUAACCGUAAAUGUUUACAUGUGUUUUUUAAAACAAAAUGAUUUGGUGUAGACUCGCAAUGUGACCAAGAGAUGACUGAACAAGAUAUGUGGUGUAAUCAACUAUUAGAUUCUAUAUCGAAUUUGUCAUCGAACGUAUUCUCUUGUUCAUCAUCUCAUGAUAAUAACAGUAAUACAUUAGAUGAAAUUAUUCAUAAAGCUCUAAUUACACAAAAAAAUUUCAAAGGUUCUAUACAACUUUUCAAUGCGUGUACCUAUACAAUAAUUGCUGAUUUACUUGGCUCCUAUCCUUUUUCACGUUCAAUACGAACUAAAAUACAAUCUGUCUUUCUUUACUUUGAAUUAGAUGAACUUAUGGUCGAUGCAAAUAAUUCUUUAAUUGAAGUCGAGAAAUAUUUGAAAUCAGAAUCAAAACUUACUGAAUAAUGCAUCAGUUCCCCUUUAUGUAUGUAUAUCAACGUGAUUCAUAUUUCUUUUCUUGCUUUGUGUGAAUAAACUGUACAUUGUGUGUACUGUUAUCGUACUGCGGUUGUGUAUUUGUUCUAGAUUUCUAUCGCCUGAGAUCGAUUUAUCUUUUCUGUCACAUAAUUAAAUUGAUCUCAAAGACCAUCUUUAAACACUACUCUUCAAUUUUAUGGUAUGUUUUAUCACAUGCAAACUGGAGCAUAUAUGUUUUAUACCAAAAUAUAUUCUGAAGGAAAAUGGUUGGGAUAGAGAACUUUUCACUCUAUAUAUUCUUCAUUCAUUUUUCUUUUUCAUACUGUUUGCUAAACAAUUAAUUUUUACGAAACUACUGUGAACAGGAUUGCGAAGUUGCUUUUCUGGAGAAAGAUAUAAGGAGAGGUAGAAUUAGAAGUCAAUUAUCAAUUGAAAACUGACUUAUUCUUUAUUAAUAUGUAUACGUUUCGUUAUAGUAAUCAUGUGCCUAAUCGAUUCAUAUAGAAACAGAUAUGUGUAAUUAUACACUCAUGUGCCUCUCUGUCCGCACAAAAGAAAUGACCCUAUUUGCUUUCUGUGAACUUCUGUUUAUCUACCCUCAAUCUCAACUUCUGUUUUUUCUAUUUCGAGCAACUUAUAUAUGUAAACACUUAGUGGACAGAGAGAGAAGUGUAUAUAUUUUUAGAAAACUUCACAUUUUAUUUGUCCUCUCACUUGUGUAUUCAUCAGAAGUUCGUAUUUUUUAUUCUCCUACUUUUCUUUGUAUGUUUUUAAUACGUGUAAAUAAUUGUAUCCACACAACAUAUUUGUUUUUUCUUCCGUAUAAUACAAAACACUCUUUAUGUCCCACUACUCAUACCACUUGGUUAUUGAAAAAAACGAAUUCUUUCUUGCACAUAUGCGUAUGUGACAUGUACAGUAAUUCUUUAAAUGUCAUUUAUGUACACUGUAGAUGAAGUUCUCCCUUCUAAAAUGUGCAUAUAUCUAUUCACCUCGUCUUCAACAGAGUUUUACGCCAAUUGUGUACGUAGAUGUGCUUUUCUGAUGCGAUUAACAUUAGUGUUACUCACUCACUGUCUUUUCUGUUUAACAUAAAUUAUUCAUGUUUGUCAAUAUUAAUGUAUAUGACUUUUAAGUAAAUUUUUUGAAAGAAAGAGAAAAACGAAAUCGGAAGAAAUUGUGUAAUCAUACAAAAUUGAUCAAACUGUAAUAAUAAAUUCUUUCAAAACAUC